AUGAACUGGUUUACUUCGCGCUCAGAAUCAAGCCACACAGAACCAUCCGAGGAGUUCAUCAAUCCUGCUCGCCCCGACCCUCAACCAAGAUAUCGGCUCGAGUUCAUGCAAAAUGGCGCCUUGGUCAAAGCCUGGCCUUCAAGGGAUCCCACGUAUCCAAAGAGAUGCGGAGGGGGUAAAUGGAUAAAGCUUGCGACCAUCCCAGAGCUCGACUUUCUCGGCCUCGAUCGUUUCCAGCAGAGAGAAGCAUCAACUGAUAAGACCAAGGAGGAUGCCUUUGCGGAAAAGAUGCGUUUAAUCGGCGCAAGGUGGCAGGCACAUUAUCCAGAUAAUCACACAAUAGACUUUGGGGAGAGGGAAAAAGUGGCCUUGUAUGGAUGGCCUUCUGCUGGCGGGUUAUGGGUGUAUCCAUAUGAUGCCUCGGACCCUGUUAAGCUCCGUACCUUCAUCAAGCUCUCUGGGAUGUUGAGGUUGGCUGUUACUAUGGAUGAGCAGUCUCGGCUUUUGAAAGACCAUGGCGCACAGUUUUAUGAAGAUCCUAGAGAAUAUCCUCCGUUUGCUGACCUGAAGGCUCUCAAGGGAAGGGAGUAG